AUGGGACGGACAGUCUCCCUACUGAUGAGCUUGCCGCCCUGCCGAACGGCGACGGGGUCGCAGAUAGCCAGUGCCUUGCGAAGCCUUCACAGAGAGUUUUGCCCUCUACCGGCAGCCUCCGACUUUCACCUGCGGACGGCGCACGACGCUGUGGCGCAAACCGACUCCGGAUACGUUACCGAGGACGAGAUUGGCGGCCAAGACGGUGACCGGACGCUGCGCGACGACCCUGUGGAGCGGGAUGCGGCCGUGCGCUGGUUGACCGGCUUCAUAGGCAGAGCGGAUGAGCUCGCCAUCGACGAAGAACUUCGGGACCAGCUUGUCGAAGAUGCAUGCUUCAUCCUCUCUCAUCUGACCGGCACCAAGGGUGGACAUGCGGAUCGAGAGGAGGACCUCGGCAUGACGCGCGAGUUCGUUUUUGACGUCUUCGGGGAUGCCGGCAUCAAGGUGACGGCCGAGCUUCUGGACACGCCGAUGCAGACGACGCAGGACCAUACCGACGUGGGGAUGCAAACCUGGGGAGCGUCCGUUGCCAUGUCGGAACUGCUCUGCCAUGCACCCGGCCGCUUCGGCUUGGAGAAGGAGACGCUCGACUCGCCUAGACGGAUCGUCGAGUUUGGAGCAGGCACCGGCUUGGUCACGCUGGUUCUGGCCCGCUUGCUGCCCUUGAUGACGGACGCUUGGCCAUCCCAUCGGCUGGUGGCGACAGACUAUCACCCGGCGGUGCUGCAGAAUCUUGAGCGCAACAUCGGAUCGCAUGCGGCCAAAGGGAUGAAUACGGCACCUUCGGAGGCAUGCCACCUCGACUGGUCUGCGCCGACGCACAAACGGCCCCUCGACAAGGCGGCCGACUUCAUCUUCGCCGCCGACGUGGCCUACGCUCCCGAGCAUGCGCUGUGGUUGCGCGACUGCGCCGGCCGGAUGCUGGCGCCGGAUGGCAUCUUCUGGCUCAUGGUGUCGGUGCGGCCGAACGGCAAGUUUGAGCAGAUCAGCGACUCGGUCGAGGCCUCGUUUGCAGACGAUGGAGAGUCCAUCGGGCGAGAUGGCCGCAUCCUGACGUUGAUGUCGGUCGAAAAGGUAGACAAGCACAAAGCGGGACGAGGGGACGAGGUUGGAUAUAAACUGUACAAAAUCGGAUGGGCGCAAGCAUAG